AUGCCUCGUCGCACUUUGACUCCCGCGACACCCGUCCCCGCCCCGGCACUCGUCGCUUUGCCCAAAGAUCCCGCUCAACUCGCCCUAUCUGACCCCGAAUGGGCCGCCAACCUCACCCUGCUCAGGCGACAGUGGAAAUGGGCCGCUUUCAGCCAAUUCUUCUACACCUUCGCUCAAUUGCUGGCCAUGCCCGACGUCACUUUAGUUGACAUCGAGGACGACCUUACGCGAGGAACUGCGUUAUACUUGCCUCGGGUGAUGCACAGGCUGCUAUAUACUUUGACCCAGGACAGAAGAUUAUCACUGGAUAAUUGGCAGACUGUACUACGCAAGCAAUACAUGAAACGUGAUCCGGAGGCCAAUCCCAUCGGUCCUGAGCCCAAAGCACCCACACGCGAGUCUACUCUCGAGUUGUCAGUUCCUCCGCAGGACAGCGUGAAAGAUGGCAGCGUGACCGACACAACUGGGGAUGAUGCAGCUGUGGCGGAGGGCUUAGAAAUGAGCAAUGGAGAGGCCAAACACCGGAAUGAAUCCGACGUGCUCCUUCGCAACGGUGACAGAAUUGUCGAGCCGAAACUUGAACCUGCGGAAGACGAUCAAGCACUCAAACGAGAAGACAUUGUCGAGCUAACUCCGCCGCGGGAUGACGGCGAGAGCAAGGACUGGACCGAGUUGCCGAUGCUUGCGAAGCUGGACUCCCUGCAUCUUCUUAUUGAAUGGCAAUUUCAGAACCCGAUGCGAGUUAGAUCUAUCAUGAAAGAUGAUGACGAGGGAGCGCAGUGGCGUAUAGAACCGAUCGGAUAUGAUGCGAAAACAAACGCAUAUUGGUUAAUUGGCCCCGAUCGCCUCUGGAUUCAAAGAGUGCCGCCGAAGCCUCCAAAAGGUGUGAAACGCAAACGUCCCGCAAUAAAGAAGUCGAAUGCACCGGCGUCCACCGGCAAAGACGACCAGGAAUACGAGUCAGAGGCGGAGGUGUCCCCCAAGCGAAAGCGUACACAGCCGCAACGUGCCAUUACAAAUGUACGCGCCUCUCGCAGCCGCGCGAAGCGUGCUGCCACGCCGAUUGCUGAGCCACAGGAGAACACGGGUCGACGAGGCACUCGCGCCGCCAAGCUGCAGGCGAACAAGAAGCUUGAUGUACAAGCAAGGGAGCUUGCAGAGUUCCAGCGUCAAGCAGCUCGACUGGCGGCGGCUAGUAGGUCGAGCGGUCGAUCAGCAAGGCAGCACGUCCAGUCGUCUCCGACCAGGCGUUCAAAAAGACCCAUGCUGGGUACACGCACGAGCGCAAGGCUGAGAGGGGUUGGAGAUAAGGAAGAUGAUGAUGAGUGGCAACAGGUUCCAGAAGAGUGGCUGAAGGAGACUGUGCCGGCGAUUGCGACCAGAAGUGCAAGGGGGAAGGGCAAAGAAGGAGAGAGUCAGAAACACAUAGAGGAGAGAGAAGUUUUGCAGCCGCCUGCGGAGAAGCUUGCUGAAGAAUUGAAGACCGGGCUGGAGAGCGAUGCGAGCAGCAGCGAGUUGACAGAGUUAUCUGACGACGGUGAAGAGGAUGCCGAAGGAUCUGUAGACGGCGAGGAUGUUCCUGCAGAACCUGAGCCGAAGCCUCCUUCGCAACCCAGCAAGCGACAGGCAAGGUCCAGAAAACGUGCACCUGACGUUAUACAAGAUGAUUCUGAGAAACCUCCUGGACGAAAAUUAGAAGAGACCAAGGAACAGGAGCGAGAGCAACAAUUGGCCCCAGAAGACAUUUUCCCGAUACCGAAAGAUUUUAUAGAGUGGGAAUCAUUGUGCGUUACGUUAAAUGAGUGGGAACAUAUAGCGGAACGCUUCGCGAGAGCAACUCAUUAUUUGGAGAAGGCACUAUACAAAAUGCUGAACCAGAACAUAGUGCCGGUGGUGACUGCCGAGCUCAGGGAAGCGGAGCGUCGGCGAAAAAUAGAAGACGCGAUUGUCCAUCGCAAGCGCUCUUCUCGUAUUGCCAUUAAAGAAAGUGAGAAAGAGGAAGCUCGUCUGGCUGCGAAGAAGAAAGCAGAGGCGGACGAAAAAUUAGCUCGUGCACGGCGGCAAGAAGCUCGGGAGAGGGAGAAAGAGGCCGAGCGGGAAAAGAGGGAGCAUGCUAGGGAGCAGCGCAGACUCGAGCGGGAAGAGAGGGAAGCACGGGCACUGGCGAAAGAAGAGAGAGCGCAGCGGAAGGCACAAGGCGAUGACAGGGCUUCAACAUCCACACCUUCUGCCCCCGGUACACAUUCAAUGGAGCCAGUGCAGCUCAGUAGUGCACCGACAACCAGCGGGAUACAGACGCCGAAUUGGGUACUGGAUUGCGAGAUCUGUCACAAGAGCGGCGUCAACCUGGAUGACGGCCUGGCGAUGGUCUGCUGCAACAUUUGCCAGAAGUGGCAACACAUUCCCUGCCACGACCUCGCCGAUCAACGCGCUGGCCGUCCCAGGAGAAAUUGGGAAGUGCAACAGUUCUAUUGUCAGAAGUGCCGUGCGAGGACGAUGGCGUCUGCGACGUCCCACGGUCCCCCCAGUCAUCAACGGUAUUCAACAUCGCAGGCGUACCCUUCAUGGUCACAAGCAACCGACUCCGCCAUGCAGACAUCGAAAGCGGCUUCAAGCCCUUUCCAGCGGGACAUGUACCUGCAGCCGACCUCGGACAUGCGAUACGUCCCGCGGCAGCCACAGCCUCAGCCGGCGAGGAACGGGAUGGACUAUCGCUACGAGUCGUAUGCGCGGCAAGGCGCACCGGCGCAGACCGCGUAUACGCGGACGCAGAACGGGAUCACAUUCUCCCAUUACCAGCCGGAGCAGCGUGCGUUUAACACCAUCCACUCGUCACAGGCGCAACUUGCUGCAGCGCAAACGUCGUCGUGGCCGAAUGGAUUCGCGGCUCCGGGAGGCGUGAAUGGUCGAUCACCCGAGGCGGCGCCGUUCAUGCCUCAGUACGCGCAGGCGAGCACGCCAUAUGGCGGUGCAAGGCUGCCGACGGCAUAUCAGGCGCGUUUUUCCCCUCGUUGA